AAAUCCUCAAAGUUACAUUGAGUAUAGCUGCAAUAUAGUUUUAGUAAAGUUUUAGUAAAGCUUUUUUUUUUCAUUAAAAAUAGAAAGUUGUUUAACCUGGAAAAGUUAUGUAACCUUAAUUGUUUAGAUUGUUACAGGGUUUUCUCUGGCUCUGGGAUUUUCAAACAUCUGCAACUUAUUGAACCUCUGUUAAAAACCACCUAGAUAUCCAUCUUACAAUCCUUUGGAUAGCCUCAUUCUCAACAGAGGCCGGUAAAAAAGGGUUUCCAAGAUAACUGAUCUCUUAGUGAUUAUUUCACACUUCUAACUUAUUUCUACAGCAUGACUGGUAGAUUGGUAAGGGAGCAUUUCCCCAAUAUCUGUAUAUCCAGGAGAGAAAAGUUGGAGUAUAAAUCUAAACAGAAGUAACAAGAUGGGUUAAAUGGUACAACUUGAGCUGGACUUAAUAAAGACAUAAAGGAUUGUCUGAAGUGGUAUAGUCUCCUGCUUGAGCAGGGAAUUGGACUAGAAGACCUCCAAGUUUCCUUUCAGUUCUGUUCUGAAUUGAUUCUACAUUGCUUUUUUUGUCAAGGGUGGUAAACUAGAUAAUAGGGAGAAAGUUAACAGGGUAUUGUUAAAGUGCUGUUCUGCUCUGCAGUGUGUGGUCCUGUCCUGCACUUAACAAUUUUUUGGCUAAUCUGGAAUGUUUAUGCAGGUUGAGAUCUGACUUGCUUUGUUAUCAGGUUUGCAGCUUAGAUCUUUUUUUAAUUUUAAAAUUUACUUGAAAGCAGAGCCAAAAGAGUAAAGAAACAAAAGAGGAAAAAAUAGAAAUAAAAUCAUGAGCUAUAUAAAAUGGAGUAAAAUUUUAAUAAUGUUAGAUUAAAACUGCAUAUAAAAAUGAUCUUGUAUCAGUUUAGUAUUUUGAAACCACUAUUGGUUAAGGCACGGAUUAGAAAGCAAGGAGACUAUGAAUUCUAGUCCUGCCAUACACCUGAAAACUAGCUGGGUGACUUUGGACCAAUUACUUUAUUUCAGCCAAACUAAUCUCACACAAUUGCUGUGGGGAAAAUAGGAAGCAGUGCCAGGUAUGUUCACUACUUUGAGUUAUUAAUAAAAAUAAAAGUAGAAUAAAAAAAGUAAAGAAACUAUGAUAAGAAACAUAAAUCACUAUAAAUAAUGGUCUGCCUUAUUGCAAAUCGGGCAUUUUACACCCUGGGUUAAGAAAAGAUCUGAUUUGGCACAAAAUUAUCUGCAAAGUUGCAGUCCAUAAAAGAUAUCCAGAUCAGAUUUGGACAAAAGACUAAGAGAGCCCCCAAAUUAUAAACUAGAUAAGGAAGUCGAACAAGAUCCCAGAAGGCACUAACAAACCUUUCAGUAUUGUCAAAAUAACAACACGGCAGUCACCGAGAUCAGAAUUCCAGUCCAUGAAGUCUGCAUUCAAGCACUAAUUUAAACGUUUAUAAGAUCAAGCUCCUCCUCUGAGCAUUAUCAAACAUGUUUUUUUCAAAAGGCAACUGGAUUGUUUUCCCUUUAGGAAGAAGAUAUUCUUCCCAUCCAAGAAGCUUCAUCAGUUGUAACUGGAUGGUGGGGGGAUAGAAGGACAGGUUCCUGUAGUCUGCAAGUUUUCUGGAAAUCCAUUCAUGCUCCCGCAACAUUCGAAGAUCAUCCCAAAGUGACAGAAUCUCCAUGUACACUCCUCUGAGGCCCGGAUUACCACGUGCAGAAGUCUAUCACGCCACGAUUGACUGAACGACCCCUCACAUCACUCACUCCCGGUACAGUAAUUGGCAGCUGAAAAUUUUAGUAGCCCCGCCUGUUCUUGAGAGUGCGCACGCGUACUUUUGCGCCGCUAGGGAGUCUUUAAGUUUCCACCAUAGGAACUGCGCGUGCGUGAGCGUAAGAGACUUGCAUAGAAUUUCAGCGCAUUUCUGUCGCUGAAGGAAGAAGUAGGAUACAUCGACGGAAGACGAGCGGAGGAGGAGCCGCUUGUUUCAGGCCUUAGGAAGGAGGUGGCUGAAGCGGGUACCUCUGCAAAAUCUUUGGUAUGAGGCGGCGGCGGCGGCGGCGGCGGCUGCUGUGAGGGCGAAAGGAAGAGGAGCCGAGCAAGAGGGGAAAGGAGGACAGCUGAGUGAAGGGUCCACAUCUCUCAGCCCGCCGUCCCAACCGCCAGAAUGGGAAUGAGAUAUUGCUGAUAGGCUGAUGACAUUCAAAUAUAUAUCACUACUCUGGACCAAAUGAACAGGAGGCUUUGAAUUCUAUCAUGAAGGACUUGGUUGCCCUCCAAAUGAGCCGGCGUCCCAGAUUGUCUGGCUUUGAUAGCAUGAAAAACAAAGAUUCUCCACAUUCCAAUAGACAGAAAAAACACAGUGCCAGCAGCCCAGGUCUCCUAAGCAACCUUAUGAUAAGAAAACAAAGUAGUCUUGCAGUAGAGGAAAAAAAGUCACAGAAUGACAUCAGGAUAAAGUUUGAACAUAAUGGAGAAAGGCGAAUCAUCCCCUUUACCCGGCCUGUCCGCUAUGAAGAUGUUCAGCAGAAAGUGAAAAUAGCUUUUGGGCAGCCACUGGAUCUUUACUACAUGAAUAAUGAGUUAUCUAUUCCUUUGAAAAGUCAAGAUGACCUUGAUAAGGCAAUAGAUCUGUUAGACCGAAGCUCAAAUGUGAAAAGCCUUAGAAUAUUGCUGCUGUCUCAGGAUAAAAAUCAUAUCAGUCUUUCAUCCCAUUCUGGGAUGUCAAAGCAAGUCAGAAUCAAAACUUCCCAAUCUACAGGAGAUGUAAACACUGCCUACCAGCCACUUGAAACCCGAAGCAAACACCUGUCCAUCAGCUCUCAGAAUACAGGUCGAAGUUCACCCCCACCAGGAUAUGUUCCAGAGAGACAGCAGCGAAUUGCUCGCCAGGGGUCUUAUACCAGCAUAAACAGUGAAGGAGAAUUUAUACCAGAAACCAAUGAACAAAGCAUGUUGGAUCCCUUAAGCAGUGCUGAAAAUUCCCUAUCUGGUAGUUAUCAGUCCUUGAGCCAGUCAGGAGAAAGCCUUUCAUUCCGAAAAUCCUGCAUGUCCAGAGCCCAGAGCUUUCCAGAUAAUAGGCAAGAUUUCUCAGAUCGUGAGAAUCAAAUCUUUGAUAAACCUGAGAAAGGAGGAACAUACCCUCGGCGUUACCAUGUCUCUAUGCAGUACAAAGAUUAUAAUGAUGGCCGGAGGACAUUUCCCCGCAUUCGGCGGCAACAGGGCAACCUCUUUACACUAGUACCAUCAAGCCGUUCCUUAAGUACCAAUGGGGAGAACCUUGGUCUGACGGUGCAGUAUCUAGACCCCUGUGGACGUAUGUGGAGUGCUGAAAGUGAGAAUACCCUCACUGUGCAGGAGAGAAACAUCCCAACUAAAUCUCCAAGUGCUCCAGUCAACUGGCGACGAGGGAAGCUCUUAGGACAAGGUGCCUUUGGUCGGGUAUACUUGUGCUAUGAUGUAGAUACAGGCAGAGAACUUGCAGCUAAACAGGUCCAGUUUGACCCAGACAGUCCCGAAACAAGCAAGGAAGUGAGUGCGUUGGAAUGUGAGAUUCAGCUACUGAAGAACCUUCAGCACGAGCGGAUUGUUCAAUAUUAUGGAUGUCUAAGAGACCGAGCAGAAAAAACCCUGAGCAUUUUCAUGGAGUACAUGCCAGGGGGUUCUGUCAAAGAUCAGCUGAAAGCCUAUGGUGCACUAACGGAAAAUGUGACUCGAAAAUACACUCGGCAGAUUCUUGAAGGAGUCUGUUAUCUUCACAGCAACAUGAUUGUACACAGAGAUAUAAAAGGAGCCAAUAUUCUUCGAGAUUCUGUGGGCAAUGUGAAGCUUGGAGAUUUUGGGGCUAGCAAGCGACUACAGACAAUCUGCAUGUCUGGGACUGGCAUCCGCUCUGUCACUGGCACCCCUUAUUGGAUGAGUCCAGAAGUGAUCAGUGGAGAGGGCUAUGGAAGAAAAGCUGACAUCUGGAGCCUUGCCUGUACUGUUGUGGAAAUGUUAACAGAGAAACCACCCUGGGCAGAAUAUGAAGCUAUGGCAGCCAUUUUCAAGAUUGCUACACAGCCUACUAACCCCCAGCUUCCUUCUCAUAUAUCAGAACCUUGCCGGGACUUCCUAAGGCAGAUCUUUGUGGAAGCCAGAAAGAGACCUUCAGCUGAAGAGUUGCUCCAGCAUCAUUUUGCUCAGCUCCCCUACUGAAUUACCAUCUCUGAAAUAGCCUUCCAUUUUUAGAUGAUACUGUUGUCUGAAGUGAUGUGGCCUGUAUCAGAGAAUCCAUUCCAUAAUGUUAGCAGAUAGACAUUCUGUUUGCCUAGUAAGGUAGUGUAUAAGGGCAAUGCAGAAGUCAGCCACUUUCAUUUUGGUAUCUUCAUUUGGGAUUGAUGUUUCCUCUGUAAUAACCCAUGUGCUGACAUGGUAUUUGGCAUGUGGCUAGGAACAGUCUAAAAUGCUUCAUUUGAAUAUAGAUCUAUCUCUGAAACUUGUGAAAAUGAAAAAGGAGAGAAUGGAUUCUGAGAACUGCUAAAAUCUAUAAAAAUGUGUACUGGGCUCAUACUAUCACUCUGUCUUACAGCUUUUCAGGUUGCAGGGUGUUGUUUUUCUUCAUUAGCCCUCUCAUAUCCAUGUUUCUGGAUAAUGAGAAUGGGGGAGGGGAUUCCCAUGGAUCAAAAAUACGAUGGAAUCUAGGCAAUAAAGUUCCCUGAAUGAAAUAAGGAAACCAAAUUCCAUUUAGGCAGAACAAUGUGUUCUAUAUCUAUGCUGUAAUCAUGGGCUAACCCAAUUUUUGUCUAGCAAAAAAAUCAGUAUUGUAGGGCUUGACACUUUUAACUUCUAUUUUUUUAGUCUUUAUGGCAUCAGAGAAACUAGGAAUUCACAUGGGAGAAGUUAAGAAUUUUUAGAAAUUAGCUGAAGCUGAGCAAGGCACAGUGCCCCUUCUGUGAAUAUUAAAAAUCAAUAGAUAAAAUGAGGAAUGUAUAUGAAAUUUUACAUUAUUUGCAGAAUUUAUCCAUAUUGUAGAAUGUGCCAUUUUAUGGAUUGUGUUGCACAGGAUAUCAUGUAAUAGAUUGUGGUGAGGACUAUUGUGAGAAAGCAUAUCAAUGUGCUGCGUUUAGAUGGAUGUUGAUAGGCUAAAACUUUCCCUUAACGGGUAGAGGUAUAUACAGUUAAGCUAUUAUGCUACAGUUAUAAUAGAUAUGAAAAUAUCUCAGUUACUGUGAGACAUUCAGUUUCAUAUACUUCCAUUAGAUAGCUUCGUCUAUUCCAGUGGUUCUCAACCUGUGGGUCGGGACCCCGUUUGGGGUCGAACGACCAUUUCACGGGGGUCGCCAAACAAGGCUGUCCGCCAUUUUUUCCCCGUUUUCUUUGGCCGUGCCCCUGGCACCCGGUGAUGUAUAAGUGGUUGGGGGGGUCACCACAACAUGGGGAACUGUAUUAUGGGGUCACGGCAUUAGAAAGGUUGAGAACCACUGGUCUAUUCCUAUUCCCUUUCACAGAAUAACCUUUUUUUCCUCUCCAAACUUCUGACCAAAGAUUAUUUCAUUGCUGCCAAGAUCAGUCUUCAAGGAGAGGCAAAGUAUUACUGCUGAGCCCACGCAGGAUUGUUCAUACUGAACAGAGCUUUCUUUUCCAGGGGCUUGUAAAGAAAAAAUUGGGGCAAGGAGAAGUGAAAUUGCUCAUCUGUCUUUAUUCAUUCUGGGUUUUUCCAUAUGCUUUUCUGAUUUUUAGAAGAAUAGCUUCUAAAGUUUGAGACCAUGUUUUCCCACAGUUCUGCAGUUUGUUAAAUUCUGCAUUGUUUUCUAAGAAACCUUUUUUUUAGAGGCACCUCUGUCAGAUUUGAGUACAAUUAAAGAAUUAAUUUCUUUAUCUCUCAAAUGCUUGGUUGCCAACAGCAUACCUUUAUUAUAUAAAAUGUUGGAUUAGAAUCAGAUACACUCAGACAGGAUCUCUACGAGAUCUAUGAGUAUCUCUGUUAUUCAUUAUGUAACAAAUCAUGUACACUACAGUAGCAUUAGGACAGAUGAACGAUGUGACCAAUGUGUUGCUUUGCAAACAGCAUUCUGCCGCUUGUGACACUUCAGGUGUUUGCUGUUAACCUUGCAAAGAAAUAUUAAUCUACCUUUGCUCUAGCCAACUUGUCAAAUGUUUGCUUCUCUGCAAAACUGAGAUUUAUUCUUAUCUGUCACUUUACACAAAGCUGCAUGUGGUAACUAUUGCAAUCUACCAGCCUCACAUGUUAGUGAAAGCAGGGUGGGGGAGCAAUGCUUUCAGUUAAUUAGCAGUUCUUCUUUUAAAGCAAAAUGCAAUUAAUACACAGAUAAAAGCAUUUUUUUCUGCUGUCUCGAGCCUUGUAGUGGUGGCAAAGUCCAGACCAACUAUCUUGAUGUACUCAGGUUUUUUGUCAUUUUUUUAAGAAUAUCUAUGGCUUUAUAACAAAUAAAAGCCAAAAUGUCUGUACAGAUCUAAAAAUGCCACAAUGAUUUUCUUUUUCACUUCAUUUGCCAACAUGUCUGUAGAUCUUGGUUUGUUGCCUUAACAACAUGUAUAUUCUUUUUCCAGACAACAAUGUUGAGUUAUGGUUUUUCCUGUGAUCUUAGCAAAUAACCAGCAGCAGAGUUGAACCCUAAUCUAUUUUUGAGAAUAUGAUAUGUUGCCUUGGCUCCUCACUGGGUGGAUAAGCAUAAGAAAAAAGCCAAAGCAUUAUUCAUAUGAUCAGCAGUGCACUUUUAUAAAUAUAUUUAUAUCACUUUCUUAUUAAGCAUUUUACUUCAUGUAAAAAAAUGAUGAUGUCUCAUACUUUUUAUUUAUGCCAUACUUGUUUAUGUUUAUAUGUGUGUACAGCAAUUGUUAUGGAAUGGGGAGGGAGAAAUUGACGUUGUGAAUUUUAAAAAAGGGGAAAGAAGCAGCUGGUUUUGCAAAGGUUUUGAUUAUUGUUUAUUACAAGAUGUGUCAGGUCAAAAUACCUUUUUGUUUCCUUGCUAAUCUUUUGCUGAGAAAAAAGUAAGUGAAAUAGAAUAGCAAUAUAGAAAUGGCAAUUUAGAAUGAUAGAAAGCCACAAAUUAGAUGUGUUAGAGACUACCAGUCUCAUGUGUUCCUGUUGAUAUAUCACACACAAUUUUGAUUGAGCUUAUUGCCAUUUCUUCACAAAACAACAGUGAUCUGCAUGGUUUCAGUGUAACCUCAUUUUAAGAUAGAUUUCACAUAUUGGUCUCACAAUUUUUGUAUGUCUGCAUUUCUGGAGCAUUUAAACUUUUUUUUAAAACAAAAUGGCUUAUUGUAUGCUUUAUUUACUUGUUGUAGAAUAUAUAUAUAAAUUGAGUGAAUAGCAUACAGAUAAUCUAAGAAGGCCAUGAUGUGGGAAACAGUCUUUGCAAUAUCUGAAUUACUAACAUUGAUAUACUGCUGUUCAGUGCAAUAAAUUUGUCCCUGAAAUUACAUCUAGAUAAUAUUCACUGGAGUUCUACAACAUCAAAUAAUUCAGGAGUGCUUACUUCCAGAUAAAUGCAUAAAGAAUUAUAGCCUUAAAAAUGCCCCGUUUUGUAAUUUAUCUUUUAUGCCAACUACUUCCAGACUUUCAAUAUUUUUGCCUUAUAAAAACCCCUAGGAAUCUCUUGUUUAUGGCCUCCUGAGGAAUUCAUCAUGCAGAUUUGCUUUUGGUCGGUUUCUGAUUCUCAUCAGUGCAAAUAAGAGAGUGAGAAAAAAAGGAUAUUUUGCAAAUUCUCUCACAGAACUGUAACUAUAAGCAAGGAAACAAAUACGUGUUUAGGCUUGGUACGACGAUUCUGUAUACUCCAGCUUCACCUGCCACUGUUCUGCUAAACAGCAUACAUUUAAAAUACCUUUUGUAUAGGAGCUAUUGCCAUCAGACAACAUGUAUCUCAUUAUUUUCCCUGAAUUACCUCAUAUAUGUGGGCUAAUUUAAUAUAUGAUUUGGAAAUUUGAGAGAUUGCAAAAAAAAAAAAAGAUUGGUGAUAUAUUUCUGUAAGAUUUCACAGCUAAUCUGAGAUACUCUUCACAUCAGAUCUUUGAAUUUAUACCUUUGAAUAUGAUAGUAUGUCUGACUUUAACUAAAUUUACCCAAGAAAUUACUGAGAUUGGGUAAUUAAGUUUGCAGCCUUCUGUAUAUUUUACACUGCCAAUGCUAGAACAGAUAUUUUAAUUUAAUGAAACUCAAAGAGAGCUUUGUAGAACAUUCUGUGAUUUAUCAUUUGGACCUGGAGUAUACAGAAGACCUUGAAGUACUUCUAUGUUUCUAAUUUUUAUGAAUUUCUAUAAUGACUGAGGCUUGCAGUGCAAAGCCAGGCCAAUGUGUAACUUUUAUUUACAAUAAAAUAUAAUUUUCAGCUA